AUGGCCGACGCGCUCAAGGCUGAAGGCAACAAGGCCUUCUCAGCCAAGGAUUACUCGACUGCCAUUGACAAAUUCACACAAGCCAUCGCAAUUGAACCCGAGAAUCACAUUCUUUACUCCAAUCGAUCCGCCGUCUACUCUGCUCAAAAUGAGUAUCAAAAAGCUCUUGAGGAUGCUGAAAAGGCUGUGACUAUCAAGCCCGAUUGGUCAAAGGGCUACCUUCGCAAAGGUGCUGCCUAUCGGGGUAUUGGAGAUCUAUUGGCUGCGCACGACGCCUAUGAGGAGGCUCUGAAGCUUGAGCCUGGUAACGACCAGGCUAAGUCCGGGCUGAACGCCGUGCAACGGGCCAUUAAUGCCGAGGCCACCGCCGAUGGUGUGCAGGGUGACCCCACCGGUGGCUUAGGUGGCAUGUUCAACGAUCCUGGUCUUUUCCAGAAGCUUGCUAGCAACCCGAAGACCGCGAGUCUGUUGGGCGAUGCCGAGUUCAUGGCUAAGCUGAAGAAGAUUCAACAGAACCCCAACAGUGUCGGAGAAGAAAUCCGGGACCCUCGCUUCUUGCAGGUCAUGAGCGUUCUUCUCGGAAUCGACAUGAGCUUCGGUGCUGAUGCUGAUGCGCCUGGUGCUGCCGCGCAGGCUGAACCUACGCCCGAGGCCAAGCCUGCCCCCGCACAGCCCAAGAAGGAGCCAACACCCGAGCCUGAAGAUGAGGAGACACUUGCCAAGAAGAAGGCCCAAGAGGCCGGAGAUGCUGAGAAGAAGAUUGGUAAUGAUUACUACAAGAAGAAGGAGCUCGACAAGGCCAUUGAGCACUACGAAAAGGCUUGGGAACUCAACAAAGACAUCACCUACUUGAACAACAUUGGUGCGGCCAAGUUCGAGAAGGGUGACUAUCAAGGGACCAUCGAGAUCUGCCAGAAGGCCGUUGAGGAGGGCCGUGACCUGCGCGCCGACUGGAAGCUCACCGCCAAGGCAUUCACACGAAUCGGUUCCGCCUAUGAAAAGCUAGGCGAUCUCACCCAGGCCAUCGAAAACUACAACAAGUCCCUGACCGAGCACCGUACCCCUGAGGCUCUCGCCAAGCUCCGUGCUGCCGAGAAGGCCAAGAUCACGGCCGAGAAGGACGCCUACGUGUCGCCUGAGCUCGCAGAGAAGGCCCGUGAACUUGGUCAGCAGAAAUUCCAGGAGGCUGACUGGCCUGGUGCCGUGGAUGCUUUCACUGAGAUGACCAAGCGCGCGCCCAAGGACCCUCGUGGAUUCUCCAACCGUGCUGCUGCGCUGAUCAAGUUGAUGGCGUUCCCCCAGGCUGUUCAGGACUGCGACGAGGCUAUCGCCCGUGAUUCAAAGUUCAUUCGCGCGUACAUGCGCAAGGGUCAGGCCCUUGUUGCCAUGAAGGAGUACAACCGUGCUAUUGACACAUUCACCGAGGCUGCGGAACAUGAUGACGGCACACAUGCGCGUGAGAUUGAGCAGCAGCAACAGAAGUGCUUGGAGGCGCAGUUCAGUGCUCGUGCCGGUGAGACCGAGCAGCAAACAAUGGAGCGUAUUCAAAACGACCCCGAGAUCAUGGCUAUCCUUGGCGACCCCGUCAUGCAGAGCAUUCUGAACCAAGCCAAGAGCGACCCCGCUGCUCUUCAGGAGCAUAUGAAGAACGCCUCGGUGCGCAUGAAGAUUCAGAAGCUGAUGGCUGCCGGUGUCAUUCGCAUGGGCCGGUAA